AUGUCUCUGAGAUUCAACGAAGACAUGGCCUGGGGCCUUGUCAAUGUCACCAUAGACGCGGCCAAGAUGGUCACUUUCAACCCCGAGGUGGCUCCGCCUCAAAGCUUCCACGCAAUCCACAUGGUCAUCCAUUCGCUGAGUAUCUUGUCGCAUCUUGCAAGACCUCCAGCAGUGAGAAUUUCAAUCGAUGUAGUACUAGAGGUUAUCCUGCUCAUCAUCACCUCCAUCAUGUCCCAGAGUCCAUGGGAGCAGCUACGCCCCAUCAUAGAGCUCCUUGGUGAUUCGCAUGUCAAGGACGGCGAUUUAAUCCAGUUCCAAGAGAGGCUACAAGACAUCAAGACGAAUGUGAAGCAUUUCAAGGACGUGGUCAGGGCGCACAACGACGCGCCGCCCAGCAGCAGGGGAGAAUCUUGGCGAACCGUUCAACAUCACUACACUGGCCUCCUGGCAGAUAUGCGAGACGCCAUUCCUCAUUUUCAAGUGACAGAGAAAGCCGUGGUGUCUCUUCCCUUGUUCAGCGCGGUGGCCAACAUUCAGCUCCUGAUGCUAGCCGAGGGAAUCCGCAGCGGAGAAUCAUGGGGGUUUGCGGCGCGGGACGUGAGGGAACUCUUCAGGGGCGAAUUCGAGGAAAGGGUAGGGCUCGGUGCCAAGCCGCCAGAGAUCAGCCGGAGAGGCAUCGCGCGUCGCAACCUGACGGCAUCGCUCUCGGGCGGGGCAGCUCGCAACAUGACGGUAUCACUCUCCAAGACGUCACGCGAGAAGAGGCAGAUGGAGCUCCUCUCCGAGGCCAUGGCGCAAGGAAAGGCCUCGGGCUGGUCGCCGGAGCUGCUCGAAACGUGGAAGCGGGCGUACUCGGCCCGGACCGUGCGAGUUCCUGCCGGAAGGGAGGAGGAUGAGUAUCCGAGGUAUGCGCGCAACAAGUACGAUCAAGGCCGUACCAAAGUCCGGCCGGCGCGGAAGAAUUACAUACUUGGAAGCCGAGGGUGGAAGAACACGCGGGUUCUGCAGCCGCUGGCGGAGUACGACGCGGUGAUGAGCAUGACGGCGCUCAUGUACAGCGAAUACUGGCCGUACCUGGUGGGCGACGCCGAGGUGCCGCAGAGGGUGCUGCUGAAGAUGGACCGCGAGAUCUAUGCCGGGCCUUACGGGCUGUGGGCCAAUGCCGCCGAGGUGCCGUGGAGUGUGCAGCUUCCGUCGCCGACGCGGGCACGCCCCGGACGGAUGGCGUCGAUGGUGGUCCGAUCCGACCACAUCGUCAACUCGGUGCAGGUCAAGUUUGGUGACGGGUGGGAAGCGGUGCAGGGCAACGACAAGAUGGGAUCAUCGUAUCUGAUUGACCUCGACCCGGACGAGCACAUACACACCGUCGACGUGGCCGGCAAGUUCUCGGGGGCGCGCACCGAGCUCCUGGACGGCGCCUGGGGACGCACCAUCGAGGCGCUGCGCUUCAGGUCCAACAAGGCCGCCUACGGGCCGUACGGCCGCGGCAUGUGCACCGUCUGGGCCAAGGAGCUGGCUCGCAACGCCAGCUCCUGGGGCCUCCCCGUCAGCCGCGCCGGCUACCGCCUGUCCAGUGUGCAGCUGAGCCGCACGCUGCCCGCGUCGGAACCGAGGCUGAACAGCGCCCUGGGGAUUAUCCUGCGGCCGUUGAAAGAUCGGUCUCCUCUCUUGAGUUUCAUCUUCUCCUUCCAUAGGCGGGCGCACUGUCACGAGAGCUACGGCCACAAUGCAGUCUACUUUGGCUUCCGGUCGAUUCUAUUGGAAGCUGUCCCGGAGACGCCGACCAACGGGACGGGGACUGCGGGAUCGGCUAAUGGGACUUUUGGGGAAAGAUGGAUAGGGAAUGACAUGCUGGUUUGA